AUGGAGGUGCGAGUAGUGCAGUCAGCGGCCACCACCGCCAAGCCCGCCGAAUCUAUCUCCGAAGGCGCGUCCGAUGCGCGACCGACAUGCACGCAGCUCGCGGCGAUCACGCCGCCCGAAGCGGCGGCCCUCGUGCCCGAGGAGGACUUUUCGGACAUUGAAGAGACGCGCGUAGGUUCCUCGCACCUUCGCGCACGCUGUUGCCAAGCCUACCCUUCUCCUCUCCCGUCCCCGUCGCUCAUCCGUUCUCACCCUAUCUCCGCUCUUCGCUGCUCAUCCCCGUCGCUCAUCCUUUCUCACCCAAUCUCCGCUCUUCGCUGCUCAUCCCCGUCGCUCAUCCGUUCUCACCCAAUCUCCGCUCUUCGCUGCUCAUCCCCGUCGCUCAUCCGUUCUCACCCAAUCUCCGCUCUUCGCUGCUCAUCCCCGUCGCUCAUCCGUUCUCACCCAAUCUCCGCUCUUCGCUGCUCAUCCCCGUCGCCCCCACUCCUCGUUGCGCCGUCCCUCCGUCUCCGCUUUCCGCUGCGGCAUGCUCCCCUUUCCGCAUACCUCCCGCUCACGACUCAGCCAGCACGCACGCGUCUCCGCUUCUCUGCGCCUGCCUUCCCUUUCCUCGCCCUCCCCCCGCGCCGUUCCCUUUCCCCGCGCCUACAUAUCCACCCCCUCUUUCCGCGGCCCUCUAAUCCCCUCUUUCUCCUCUAUCUCCCGGGCUCCUCUAUCCCCUCCCCAUCUUUCCAUCCCCUCAUCGUCCCAUCGUCCUAUAUACCCCCCACGGCCGCCCCCCCUUCUCCACCAACAGCCCACGUCUUCCCCACAGACCACGUGGAGCGCUACAUUCAUUACAAGCUACACGAGCUCUUCUCAUUGGCCGACCCCGACCGCCACGUUAGCAUCCUGUACAUCCACACGGAGUGCGAAUCCCUCAACGACAACCCGCUCCUCGCCUUCCGAGACAUCUUCCAAGGCCUCCCUCCGAGCCUGCAGCAGAGGGUCGGGGCGGUGUACAUCCUACACCCGAGCCUGACUCUCAGGCUCGGGCUCUGGUUGAUGUCCCCAUGGCUGAGCGACAGCCUGUAUUCCCGCAUGGUUUGUGUGAGCCGGGUGGAGUUCCUAUGGGAGCACAUACGGGAAGACCAGGUAGACCUGCCUGAUUUUUGCCUGGUGCAUGAUGGAAAGCUGGAGGCGCACCCGCUGCUGGACUACGGCUUCCAGCUCGAUAGAGUAGCGGCCGGGCAGCACCUGCCCGUGGGGCUGUAG